CUUUUUCCUUCAUUGACCAUGGUGAAUUCCAAGGAGCUAAACUGGCUCUUUGCUUAUAAAACGACUGAAAGGACCACAAUGGCAUGCGUAGGACUGUCUCUUGUUGUUCUCUCUUCUCUUCUCGACCCUCUUCUCGUUUUCAGGCAGAGACAGCUUUGAGACCCGAAGAUGUACCCGAACAACGGGACUGGCCACGACGAAAAGCCGCCUCCGCCACCACCGAUGCAAAUUGCCCAAUACCCUCCGGCAGGGGCGGCACCCGGGCAGUGGACGACGGGUCUGUGCGGUUGCUGCGAAGAUCCCUCCAACUGCAUCAUCACUUGGUGCUGUCCCUGCAUCACCUUCGGCCAGAACGCGGAAAUCAUAGACGGCGGAGCCACUUCAGCUUGUUGCGUUGGCGGGCUCAUAUACUACUUGCUCGCCAACGUCGGCGUCGCUUGCCUAUAUACGUGCGGUUACCGGAAAAAACUGAGGGGUCUGCACUCGUUGCAAGAAGAUCCGUGCGACGAUUGCCUCGUGCACUGCUUUUGCCUGCCCUGUGCUCUUUGCCAAGAACAUAGGGAGCUCAAAAACCGCGGAUUUGACCCUUCCAUAGGUUGGGCGGCCAAUGCCCAGAAGAUGAACCAAGGUGCCGCGACGAUGCCCCCGAUGAUGCAGGGCAUGGGUCGUUAACUUUGCUUUCCGGAGUCCAUAUGAUCCGGAGAUUGUUCGUGUGCAUUUAGUGCGAAAGUGAGCUUCGUGAGAGCUUAUGAUGGUCGAUCGUAAGUCGAAAGAGUCAACUCGUUGUAGUCUCUG